AUGGUAGCGCCGGGAUUUAUAGUUGGGCUGGUGUUGCCUUUAAUCCUGCCGGCCGACACAAGUGCAGGCUGGACCCUGAGUCACAACCGUGGAGAACCAGAAGACGGAAUCUGCGUGCUAACGCAAAAUGUCCGUUUUCGCUUUGCUUCAUACAUCAAUAAUUACAUGGUGCUGCAGAAGGAGCCCGCAGGGGCAGUGAUCUGGGGCUAUGGCAUAUUCGGAGCCACAGUGACAGUGACUUUGUGCCAAGAUAAAGAAACCAUCAUGGAGAAGGUGACGAGUGUGAAAGCACAUUCUAACAGCUGGAUGGUGGUACUGGAUCCUACGAAGCCUGGUGGACCUUAUGAGGUGAUGGCACAACAGACUUUUGGGAGAACAAACUUCACCCUGAGAGUUCAUGAUGUCUUAUUUGGAGAUGUCUGGCUUUGCAGUGGGCAGAGUAACAUGCAGAUGACGGUUUCACAGAUAUUCAAUGCGACAAGAGAGCUGUCUAACACUGCGGCCUAUCAGUCUGUCCGCAUCUUCUCUGUGUCGCUCACUGAGGCAGAGCAGGAACUGGAGGACCUGGCCAAGGUUGACUUGCAGUGGUCUAAACCCACCUCAGAAAACUUAGGCCAUGGAGUUUUCAAGUACAUGUCAGCAGUGUGCUGGCUCUUUGGGCGUAACCUGUAUGACACAUUGCAUUAUCCCAUUGGGCUGAUCUCCUCCUCGUGGGGUGGGACACCCAUUGAAGCCUGGUCUUCUGGAAGGUCACUGAAAACCUGUGGUGUUCCUACACGAGGGUUCGCUCAGUCUGAUUCUGUAACCGGUCCCAGUAAGAACUCUGUUCUCUGGAAUGCCAUGAUCCAUCCACUACAUAAUAUGACUCUGAAAGGGAUGAUAUGGUACCAGGGGGAGUCCAAUAUAAAUGUUAACAGGGACCUGUACAAUUGCACAUUCCCUGCGCUCAUUGAAGACUGGCGUCAAGCCUUCCACCGUGGCUCCCAGGGGCAGACAGAGCGUUUCUUCCCAUUUGGAUUUGUCCAGUUAUCUUCAUAUUUGUCUGCAACCUCAGAUGAUAAAUUUCCCCAGAUCCGUUGGCAUCAAACAGCAGACUUUGGCUAUGUCCCCAACGUGAGGAUGCCCAACACUUUCAUGGCAGUAGCAAUGGAUCUCUGUGAUAGGACGUCCCCUUAUGGCAGCAUCCACCCUCGAGAUAAACAGACUGUGGCCUACAGGCUGCACCUGGGGGCCCGGGCUGUGGCCUAUGGUGAGAAACUGAUCUUUCAAGGACCACUGCCUGAGAAGAUGGAACUCCUGGCUGACAGGGGGCUGCUAAACCUCACAUAUUCACAGCAAAUCCAGGUGAAGAAGCAGGACAAAAUAUUUGAGAUCUCAUGUUGCAGUGACCGUCAGUGCAAGUGGCUCCCAGCUCCCAUGGGCACUUUCUCAGCCCAGACCCUGGCCCUGAAUGUCAGUUCUUGUCACGGCACUCCGGCUGCUGUUCGCUAUGCCUGGACCACGUGGCCUUGUGAAUAUAAGCGGUGCCCCCUGUACCACCCCAGCAGCACCCUGCCGGCUCCUCCCUUCAUCGCUUUCAUGACAGACCAGAUCCCUGGAGAUCUCAGCAAGCUUGCUAAAUGA